AUGGCUGGAAAUCGGGCUAUUUUGAACGGUCAUCCAACUCGGAAUUCCAAUUCAGAAUUGUCUGUUACCGGAUUAACAGAGACAGUCACCGUCACCAUUCAAACCUUAAGGAUUCGCCACGCCUCCAAGACCACUGUGGACCCAAAUGAGGUGAAGAGGUUCCGGCUUCUCGCCACCAAGUGGUGGAAUGAGCAGGGAGACUUCGCAGCCCUCCACUCAAUGAACGACCUCAGGGUGCCUUUCAUACGGGAUAAUCUGUUGAACGCACAUGGCGGGCGGCAGCCGGGGAAACCCCUGGCAGGGCUCAGAAUACUGGACGUAGGCUGUGGCGGUGGGCUGCUCACUGAGCCCUUGGGUAGACUGGGGGCAGAUGUGCUAGGCAUUGACCCGGUGGCAGACAGUAUUGGGACAGCGGAGGUACAUGCCUGGCAUGAUCCAGACCUGCGUGGCAAUGUGCGCUACCGUGCCAUCACUCUGGAGGAGCUCUCUGAGAAGGGGGGGAAGGGAGCGGGGCAGUUUGAUGCGGUGGUGGCCUCUGAGGUGGUGGAACAUCUGGCUGACCUGGAAACCUUCACACUCUGCUGCAACCAGGUGCUCAAGCCAGGAGGCUCUCUCUUCAUCACCACCAUCAACAAGACCCAGCUGUCAUACGCCCUGGCCAUCGUGGCAGCAGAGGAGGUGCUACGCAUCGUGCCCAGCGGAACCCAUGACUGGGAUAAGUUUGUCAGCCCCGUGGACCUGGAGCGCCUGCUGGAGUCCAAUGGUUUCCAUGUGGAGUCUAUCCGAGGGAUGCUGUAUAACCCUCUGUCACGGGCCUGGAGCUGGACAGAGACCACCAGCAUCAACUACGCCCUGCACGCGGUCAAACUCGAGGAGGAACCGAACCCCGACGAGGACGACCCCGAAGACCCCACCGUGAUAGUUGCCCAAGCUAAGGCCAGACGCUGGUACAACUGACUUGACCAUGGAAUAGAGAGUGGUUAUACGUGGUCAGCUGCAGCACAGAUCUUCUGAUCUCUGAAAGGAAAGGCAAUGGACCUAUAAAAAAACAAAGCUAUUGAAAGUUAUAGUUCAGUGCUUGAUACAAGUACAUGAUGUUUUCUUUCAGCCAGGCCAUGAUUGUUCUGUGAGUUCAAGCAUAAUGAGUCCCUCUGAAUUGUGUGAACUGUUUAAGCUUUUGAGGCUUGUCAUUACAGUGCCAUCUGUUAUGGUAGAAGUGUUCAUCACCAUGGUUGACAUCUCAGGUCUCUGAUUUACUAUUGAGCAAGAUGUUUUCUUCAAGUAGAGUCACAAUGUGUCUGUUCAUCAAAAUCCAUCGUGUGGAUAUUGUUUGUCUUGACAUGCUUAUUAAUAUCCUCCAUUAGGAAAUGAAAUAUUUUCCUUUAAGAUUCUCUGAUCUGAUGAUUAUUCCUCUCUAGUGUCAUUUCAACAGUGUGAAAAUAUAGUCCAAAUCAGUGAUGUGGUGUUCGUUGUAAGUUUUGUGCUGAAUUUCAGGAUCUCAGUAGAGGGCUUUUUAUAUUAGAAAAUUAUUUAGAUUUUCUGUCCACACAUUUCCUGCCUCAGCCUCUCUCUACUCUGUAGCCAUGGUGACUUUGAGAUUAUAAUUGGCUUCUUGCUGAACUAUUACACAAAACCCAAACAAGCUUCCAACUAAAAUAAAUCAUGCUUGAAGUUAUUCUUCAAAACAGACAAAAUCAUUGGCUUGAUGGUUCAAGAAGUACAGUCACAGUAGUGUGUUCUGUCAUAUUUUUCAUUUGCCCUUAUAUAUAGACAACCCCAGGACUAUGUGCUGGAAUGCACAAAAAUUUAUUUUUCCUCAUGACACAAAUGUUAUUCUUGUCACAUUCCCCACUGGCUUCUAAUAAAUUGCAUUUAAAAGCUG